AUGUCAAAAAUUCAUCAGAAUGAAAAGUUGACGAUCUGUAUCGAUCGAGGGGGUACUUUUACAGACUGCAUUGGGUUUGUUGGCAGGCCAGGUGAAGCUGGUUACCGCGAGUUUGUGGUAAAGCUUCUCUCAGAAGACCCAAAUAACUAUAAAGACGCACCUACGGAAGGUAUUCGCCGUAUUGUUCAACUCGCUACAGGACAAACGAUUUCACGUAGCCAGCCAGUUCCCACCCAAUCCAUUGAGAGUGUACGCAUGGGUACAACCGUGGCUACUAAUGCACUCUUGGAGCGUAAAGGAGAGAGAUGUGCACUUUUGAUUACCAAAGGAUUCAAAGAUCUUUUGAUUAUUGGCAAUCAAGCAAGACCAAAGAUCUUUGAUCUUUCUAUUACUAAGCCCGACGUUCUCCAGCAAGAUGUGGUAGAGAUUGAAGAGCGCGUUGUAUUGUUAAACUCUGCUGCAUCCCAAGAAACUGUAAAAGAUCCGCACACAUUAUCCGAUGUAGUAAAGGGUAUUUCUGGUGAAUGGCUCAAAGUCUUACAGAAGCCAGAUAUCAAUCUGGUAAAGGCACAGCUCAAAAAUCUGUAUGAUGAUGGAUACAAAAGCAUUGCUGUCUGUUUAAUGCAUGCCUACACUUUCCCAGAGCACGAGAAGAAAAUAGGAGAAAUUGCAAAGUCUAUUGGAUUUACCCACAUAUCUCUAUCAAGCGAUAUUAUGCCAAUGGUUAAGAUAGUUCCUAGAGGAACUUCUGCAGUAGCAGAUGCUUAUUUGACACCAUGUAUUCAAGGCUACAUUAAAGGCUUUGUGAGUGGGUUCGAUGAUGGAUUUGAAAAGGGUACCACAAAGCUACAGUUUAUGCAGAGCGACGGUGGUUUAGUACCUGUUAAUAAUUUCUCUGGGUUCAGAGCAAUUUUAUCUGGUCCUGCUGGAGGUGUUGUAGGAUAUGCUCAGACAACUUUCGAUAGUAAAGAUAAAACUCCAGUAAUCGGCUUUGAUAUGGGAGGAACUAGUACAGAUGUCUCUCGAUAUGACGGCCAUUAUGAGCAUGUUUUUGAAACAACCACAGCAGGCGUCACUAUCCAAGCUCCUCAGCUAGACAUCAACACAGUCGCUGCUGGUGGCGGAUCAAUGCUUUUUUUCAAGAAUGGCAUGUUCACUGUUGGCCCAGAGAGUGCUGGAGCACAUCCUGGACCCGCUUGUUAUCGCAAAGGAGGACCACUGGCGGUAUCGGACGCUAAUUUGUUAUUGGGCCGCCUUUUACCUGACUACUUUCCAAAGAUUUUUGGACCCAACGAAGAUCUUGGACUUGAUAUCAAUAUAGUUCGAGAGAAGUUUGCUGAGCUUGCUAAAGAAAUCAACAAAACAACCGGAGAAAUCAAAUCAUUGGACGAAGUUGUUUAUGGAUUCAUCAAAGUUGCCAACGAGACAAUGUGUCGACCCAUUCGUGCACUAACAGAAGCAAAAGGUCAUGACACCAGUAAACAUAUAUUGGCAGUGUUUGGAGGUGCUGGUGGACAGCAUGCCUGUGGAAUUGCUCGUAACCUUGGCAUUAGUCAGAUUGUGCUUUAUCGCCAUAGCUCAAUUUUAUCUGCCUUUGGACUUGCCCUGGCUGAUGUGGUGCAUGAAGUUCAAGAACCGUCCGCCGAAGGAUUCGACUCUUCUUCUUUGCCUAGAAUCAAAACACGAGUUGAGACCCUUGUUAAGCAAUGCACAGAUAAACUUCUGCAGCAAGGAUUUGAUGCUUCAGAAAUAUCUACAGAAGUAUAUCUGAACUUGCGUUACGAUGGUACUGAUUGUGCGCUUAUGACACUUAAACCUCUUUCUCCUACUGAUUGGGACUUUGAGGGCGAAUUUGUCAAGCUCUAUAAGCAAGAGUUUGGAUUCUCUUUACCUGAGCGUAUUAUCUGUGUUGAUGAUAUUCGUAUUCGCGGAAUCGGUAAAUCGUUCCCGUCCAAAGAGUUGACCCCAAGAGAAGAGAUUGAGCGUCGAAAGUCUAGUCAGAACAGCGACGUCAAGGCACUUGAGGAAAGCAUAACAUCGGUUUAUUUCGAAUCUGGCCGGGAUGAAAACGUGCCUGUAUACUUGCUCCACAAGCUUCCUGCUGGCUCACUUGUUCAUGGUCCAGCAGUCAUUAUCGAUGCCACAGCCACAGUGGUCAUCGAGCCUGCCUGCAAGGCACUUAUAACCUCCCAGCAUAUUACGAUUACCGUAGGAGAGGGAGAGAAGAAAAAGGUUACGACUGAGAUGGAACCUAUCCAACUUUCUAUCUUUUCCCAUCGUUUUAUGAGUAUUGCUGAGCAGAUGGGACGUACACUGCAAAAGACUGCAAUCAGUACAAACAUCAAAGAGAGACUAGAUUUCUCUUGCGCUUUGUUUGGUGCUGAUGGUGGUCUGGUAGCCAAUGCACCUCAUAUUCCAGUUCAUCUCGGAGCUCUUAGUCAUGCAGUUAUCUAUCAAAUGAACUAUUACAAGGAGGAUCUACAAGAAGGUGAUGUGAUCAUGACUAACCAUCCUGCUGCUGGUGGGUCUCAUUUGCCAGACAUCACUAUCAUUACACCCGUAUUCGAUCGAGGAAAGAUCGUAUUCUUUGUUGCUUCAAGGGGACAUCAUGCAGAUAUUGGCGGAAUCUCACCUGGAUCCAUGCCACCUCAUUCUAAAGAGCUUUAUCAGGAAGGAGCUGCUAUAAAAUCAUUCAAAAUUGUAUCAAAUGGUAAAUUCGAUACCAAGGGAGUUGAGCAUCGAUUGUGCGAUAUUCCAGCCUCUUAUCCAGGAUGUUCUGGUACACGUUGUCUCCGUGACAAUAUAUCGGAUCUCAAGGCCCAGAUUGCUGCCAAUCAAAAGGGUAUCAUUCUUGUCAAGGCUUUGAUUGAAGAGUACUCACUUGAGGUGGUCCAGGCUUACAUGCUUCACAUUCGUCGAAAUGCUGAGCAGGCAGUACGCCACCUCCUCAAACAAGUUGCAAAGGACCAUCAAGGUCAUGACCUGGUUGCAGUUGAACACAUGGAUGAUGGGACCCCCAUUUGUCUACGCGUCACAAUUGAUGCCGACGAUGGGAAGGCUAUCUUUGAUUUUGAGGGCACCGGACCAGAGGUGUAUGGUAAUACUAAUGCCCCCGAGAGUGUUUGUCACAGUGCGAUUAUCUAUUGCAUUCGAUGCUUGGUUGGACAAGAUAUCCCAUUGAAUUCCGGAUGUCUGGAGCCAAUUGACAUCCGAAUCCCAAAGUUAUCUAUCCUUAGUCCUUCAGAGACAAGUGCUGUAGUUGGAGGAAAUGUGUUGACAAGUCAGAGAACGGUUGACGUGGUAUUGAAAGCAUUUGAAGCCUGUGCUGCUAGCCAAGGAUGUUGCAACAACUUAACAUUCGGUAAAGGAGGCAAGAACGCAGAAACUGGAAAGACUACCUCUGGCUGGGGCUACUAUGAAACGAUUGCUGGUGGUAGCGGUGCUGGGCCAGGAUGGGAAGGAAAGAGUGGUGUACAUACUCAUAUGACAAACACUCGAAUUACUGACCCCGAGAUUCUCGAACGGCGCUAUCCUGUUAUCUUGCGCGAAUUCUCUAUUCGCAAGGGUUCUGGCGGAAAGGGACUUUAUAAUGGAGGAGAUGGUGUGAUUCGUGAUAUUGAGUUUAUCGAACCAGAUAUUCAAGUAUCUAUCUUGUCCGAGCGCAGAGUCUUCCACCCUUACGGACUUUUGGGAGGCGAAGAUGGAAAGACAGGGCUGAACCUUUGGAUCCAGUCUUCAGAUGGAAAGGAACAUCCUGUCAAUCUGUCAGGCAAAAACUCGGCUUUGUUUGGUAAAGGAGACCGGAUUAUUAUUCAGUCACCUGGCGGAGGAGGUUAUGGAAACCAACAUCAUAGCAGCCCAGGAAUAGUUCAAAAAGCAGCCAAGACAUUGAGUAAUUUUGUAAUCAAGGCAGGUGGAAGUCUAGGAGCUUACAAGGAUACAUCAGAAAGUGCUUAAAAGAGGAAAACUAUGAAAAUUCGUGAUUAUGGAAUUUACGAUUUUUAAAGAAUAAAGAAAACGUAUAAAUAUUGCUAUC